GAUGAUAUUGAGCAAGUAGACGAAUCCGGUAGUUCAACGAUGUCCUCUAGCAUUUCAUCUACAGCUUCCAUUCCAGCUGCACCAAUAAAAGCAGUUCCUUGGGGAUCUACGCCAAAUGUGAGGCAAGCUGAAGAAGUACAGCUUUCGCAGUUACAACAAGAUAAGAGGGACAGCUCUCCUAUUCCAAUACCCAUAAAGAGUAGGUCGAGGGACCCGUCUGUCAGCUCCUCCGCUACCGUCGUAGCAAAUCAUUUGCUACCAAACGGUGGAUCUAAUGGCAAUUUUGGUGUCACACCUCCAGGCUCGCCAACUAGGCAAAAAGCUAUGAAUGGACCAACUACACGCCCAAUGUUAGGCGCUGGCGUUAGAUCUCAGAGUUCGGGUAAUCAAUCUGCUAAAUCUAGCAAAUCCGGCAAGUCAAAAGACGAUUUCAUUUGGGGUGAUAUCAUAGGUGAAGGUAGCUUUUCUACUGUUACCUUAGCAUGGGAUAAGUUACCAACACAGUUGCCCCCACCUCAAUCACUUAAUCAACAAUCAAACCACUCGAGUUCUCCAGCGAGAAUGAACACUUCUAUACCUUCUUCAACUAGUUCUUCAAGUUCAAUGUCCUCACAGUCUCUUUCUGUUCCCAAACAAGCCAGGUUGUACGCCAUGAAGGAAUUGUCACAGGCCCAUAUCGUCAAAGAGAACAAGAUUAAAUAUGUUACUAUAGAGAAACAUGCUUUGCAAAUUCUUAACACUGAUAAUCAAAAUGGGCUGUCACAAUUACGCGAAAACUCCGAAGAAGACGAUAAUACCAAAGGUAAACGUAAACCAAGGCGUCAAAAGAAUGAGGGUAGCUUGGGAAUCAUUAGAUUGUGGAUGACGUUCAGAGAGGGUGAUUCACUCUUCUUUGCAUUGGAAUAUGCACCAAAUGGUGAACUUCUAUCCUGGAUAAAGAAGAUGGGAUCAUUCGAUGAACCUAGCGCUAAGUUCUAUGCUGCUCAAACGCUAUCAGCUAUAGGAUUCAUGCAUGCUAGAGGUAUCAUACAUAGAGAUAUUAAACCUGAAAACAUCCUUUUAAAUUCCGAUAUGAUUAUAAAGGUCACCGAUUUCGGUAGUGCAAAGAUAUUAGAUCAGUCUAACUACAAUGAUAACAAUAUUGAUGAGGAAAGAAGUAAAUCAUUCGUUGGUACUGCAGAAUACGUAUCACCUGAGUUAUUACGCGAUCGAAGUGUAGGAAAGGAGUGUGAUUUUUGGGCAUUAGGUUGUAUAAUCUAUCAAAUGAUUACUGGAAAGCCACCCUUCAAAGCAACGAAUGAGUAUUUAACAUUCCAAUUAAUCAUUAAUUUGGAUUACUCGUUUCCAGAAAAUUUCCCACCAGUUGCUAAAGAUUUAGUACAGAAAUUGUUGGUUUUAGAUCCAAAUGAGAGAUUAGGUAGUGGUGAAGACGGUAUCGAAAAUAUCAGAAAUCAUGAAUGGUUUAAUGAUGUCGAUUUUCAACAAAUUUGGAAUAUGAAUCCACCAAUAAUCCUUACUGGUAUGACUGAACCUAAACCACAGUCUAAUAUACCUUCAGAUGCCUACUUUGAACUCAAAUGGGAUAGUGAUGAGGAGGAUGAAUUUGAACAAGUUAAAGUUGAUAAUGAUGAUAAUGAUAGCGACAGCAAUAGCAAUAGUGAAAUACCAAAUAGAAAUCAAGAUGAUACGCUCAAAGUUGAGCAAAAUGGCGAUAAUGAUAGGGUUACUUCUAGUCCUGGUUUCAGUAGUGAUAGCGAUUACCUCGCACCGCUUACAUUAUCAUCAAUAAGUGCCAAUGGCAGUGGAAAGGAAAUGUCCGAGGAUAUGAAAUCGCAAUUAUCUACUAUCCUUUUACCAUCGGAGAAAUUACACUUAGCUUCACCUGUACUCGUUAGAACUCAAAGGAAAUUUCUAGGGAGGACAAAGAGGCGGUGGAUACUCUUGACAGAUUUACCUAGACUAUUAUGUGUCAAAGAAGAAACUUUGAAGGUCAAAUUUGAAGUAGAUCUCGGGAUUGGUGAUAGCGAUGAAAGAGCUAGAGUUAGAUUGGAAGAGAAAAAUAAAGUUAUAGUCAGUGCUGGUGGUAAAGACGUUGAAUUUAGCUUCGAUGAGGGUAACGAGCCAAAUAUUUCAGUUAAGUGGUAUAAUAAAGUUAAAGAAUUCCUCAAUAGCUCUACAAAUUCCAAUAAUAGCAAUAACGGAAUUAGUCAACAAUAGGCCAGCAAUUGUUUCAGCAAUACAACAACAACGAGACAGUUUUUCUUUUAUAUAAAAAGUGCAUAAUUUAGUUACAUUCAAUCAAUUACAAGUACAAUUUUUUUCUCUUUAUGGUUUUUUAGUUAAUUGAUGCAUUAUAUAAGUUUCUGCUUAUUUAUAAGUCUAGAACACCAUCAUCGUUUUCAAUGAGUGUGUCUAAGAAUCUGAUAAACUCAGAGAGAGGGAAACCAACGACAUUGUUGUAGUCACCCUCAAUACCUUGUAUGAGUAAGCUUCCUAAACCUUGCAAAGCGAAACCGCCUGCCCUGUCGAUGCCUUCACCAGUUUCAAUGUACUUCUCAAUCACGUCGUGGUCAUUAUCAAAGAAGUGUACUUUUGUCAUAUUAGCGAAUGUCUUUUGUGCGUAUCCUGGUGAUUGUAAAAUUGGAUAUGUUAUACAGACACCUGUAACAACUUGUAAUUCUCUUCCACUCGCAUCUGCAAGCAUUCUGUAUUGAUCGUCGGCAUCUUUAGGUUUCUCGCAGAUGGAGUAGGUUAAUGGUUGGUUGAUUACCUCAUCAUAGCUCUGUCCUUUUGAGAGAGAUGGUGCGUCAUCUGGUACGAGUACUACAGUGUCAGCUGAAAUGACGAGAUCUGGUGAGUUCUUAUCAUCUUCUAAAACUAAUCUCUCGUAGACUUCUUUACCCUUCUCAGUCGCGGUAUUUAUUGGAUAUGCGUGUGGAUUGUGAAGGUAGUCAUCUUUACUGAGAGUUUCUUCAAAUGUUGAAGGUAUAACUCGUGGGUGUAUACCAACUUGUGCUAGUAUAUCCAAGCGUCUGGGUGAUGCACUAGCUAGUAUGACAUGCUUAUCUUUCAAUUUAUCAAGACUAGGUAAUCUGAAUGGAAGAAUUUGCUUCUUAGCUGCAGCUGGUGGGUUAUCGAGUAAUGUCUUUAGUGGUUUCUCCUCCUCCUGCUUUGUGUUGUUGUUGUUGCUUAAAAAGUAACUAAACAUGGUCAAGAAUGAAAGAAUGUGAAGGGUUUAUUAGAUAUUUUAUACGAAAAUGCAAAAAAGCGAUUAAAUUUAGUUUACAUUGGUAUAAAUUUACAGUCUAAGUAAUCUACUAGAGCGACUUACCCAAGCCACGUAGAGCAAU